GCAUGAGUACUGCUUUAUACUGUUUGGACAAGCUUUACAGUGCGCGCGUUGGAAACUAACACUCGACCCUCUCUGUUUUCACGUCAGUCACUAAGUAGGCCCGCGGGCAGUGAGAGGCGAGGCGGAAGGCUGUCGGACAAACUGUAAACUUAGUCCAAAGCGACUAAAGUCCCCAAACUCACAGGCUGAAGAGGCUUCAAACGCAAACGCUUCAUCCUUUCUGGCUGUUUCAAGGAAGGAUACGCUGCUGGACAUGUGAAUUUAAAGGAGAUACUUGCCAAGCACAACAAUGAAACCAACGACUGUCCUGUGCUGCUUCGGCUUUCUCCUGACUUUCCUCUUGGUCGGGUCGAGCUCUUCACAAUCAGUAUGUGCUGGUACAGAGAACAAGCUGAGCACCCUGUCGGACCUGGAACAGCAGUACCGCACUCUGAGGAAAUACUACGAGAACUGUGAAGUCGUAAUGGGCAAUCUCGAGAUCACAAGCAUCGACCGCAGUCGCGACCUGACCUUCCUCAGAUCCAUCCGAGAAGUGACAGGCUACGUGUUGGUGGCCCUGAACCAGUUUGACUACCUGCCUUUGGAGAACUUGAGGAUCAUCCGAGGGACCAAGCUGUACGAGGAUCGCUACUCCCUCGCAAUCUUCCUCAACUACAGACGUGAUGGGAACUUCGGCCUGCGCCAACUGGGUCUGAAAAACCUCACAGAGAUCCUCAGUGGAGGCGUGUAUGUUGACCAGAACAAGUUCCUGUGCCAUGCAGACACAAUCCAUUGGCAGGACAUUGUCAAAAACCCUCGGCUCCAUGAUGUGGUGGUGCCCACAAACAGCAGUGUCACAUGUCAGAAGUGCCAUCGUUCCUGUAAUGGUCGUUGCUGGGGACCCAAAGAGGACCAGUGUCAGAGCUUAACUAAGACAGUGUGUGCCGAGCAGUGUGAUGGACGUUGCUUUGGUCCCUAUGUUAGUGACUGCUGCCAUCGUGAGUGUGCAGGUGGCUGCUAUGGGCCAAAGGACACAGACUGCUUUGCCUGCACCAACUUCAAUGACAGUGGGGCAUGUGUGACCCAGUGCCCCCAGCCCUUCGUCUACAACCCCACCACCUUCCAACUGGAACACAACCCCAGGGCGAAGUACACCUAUGGAGCCUUCUGCGUCAAGAAGUGCCCGCAUAACUUUGUGGUGGACCAUAGCUCCUGUGUGAGAGCGUGCCCCAGCAACAAGAUGGAGGUGGAGGAGAACCGCAUUAAGAUGUGCAUUCCUUGUACUGACAUCUGCCCAAAAGCAUGUGAUGGCAUCGGUACAGCCAGCCUACAGUCGGCUCAGACAGUGGACUCCAGCAACAUCGACAAGUUUGUCAACUGCACCAAAAUCAACGGCAACCUGGUGUUCCUCAUCACUGGGAUCAAAGGGGAUGUCUAUCACAACAUUGAAGCUUUGGACCCAGAAAAACUCAAUGUAUUCCGCACCGUACGGGAAAUCACAGGCUUUCUGAACAUCCAGUCCUGGCCUGACAACAUGACAGAUCUGAGUGUGUUCUCCAACCUGGUAACUAUUGGGGGAAGAGCGCUGUACAGCGGGAUCUCCCUGCUGGUGUUGAAGCAGCAGGGCAUCUCAUCACUGCAACUCCAGUCCCUGAAAGAGAUCAGCGCUGGGAAUGUCCACAUCGCAGAGAACAGCCAGCUUUGCUACUACAACACCGUCAACUGGACAAGAUUGUUCCGUGCUGCAAACCAGAAGGUUCUGGUCCGCAACAACCAAAGCCCACAGAAGUGCACCAAGGAUCGCAUGGUGUGUGACUCGCUGUGUUCGGAUGCAGGGUGUUGGGGUCCUGGCCCAGACCAGUGCCUGUCCUGCAGAUACUUCAGCCGUGGACGUACCUGCGUGGAUAUUUGCAACCUUUAUGAGGGGGAUAUCCGAGAAUAUGCAAACGGGUCAGUGUGUGUGGAGUGUGAUGCCCAGUGUGAGCGAGCUGACGAUGACUCUUUGACCUGCAACGGUGCGGGCCCAGAGCAUUGUGUGAAAUGCCUCCAUUUUAAAGACGGUCCUAAUUGUGUGGAGAAGUGUCCCGAUGGCCUGCAAGGUGCCAACAGCUUCAUCUUCAAGUACGCAGAAGCCAACAACGAAUGCCAUCCCUGCCAUGCCAACUGCACCCAGGGGUGCAUUGGACCAAGACUGCAAGACUGUAUUGGUUGGAUGGACAGAACCCCUCUGAUCGCAGCAGGAGUGAUUGGUGGCCUCUUCAUGGUGGUGAUCAUGGUGCUGAGCGUAGCGGUGUCUGUGCGCCGGAAGAACAUUAAGAAGAAGAGAGCCCUCCGUCGCUUCCUGGAGACAGAGCUGGUGGAACCUUUAACACCCAGUGGAACAGCACCCAACCAAGCCCAGCUCCGCAUCCUGAAAGAGACAGAACUCAAAAGGGUCAAGAUCCUCGGCUCCGGGGCCUUCGGAACUGUUUACAAGGGUAUUUGGGUUCCAGAGGGUGAAACAGUGAAGAUUCCUGUAGCCAUUAAAAUCCUAAAUGAGGCCACAGGACCCAAAGCUAACGUGGAGUUUAUGGACGAGGCCCUCAUCAUGGCUAGCAUGGAGCACCCCCACCUGGUCCGCCUGCUGGGCGUCUGCCUGAGUCCUACCAUCCAGCUGGUCACACAACUGAUGCCUCAUGGGUGCCUGCUCGACUAUGUCCAUGAGCACAAGGACAACAUCGGAUCCCAGCUGUUGCUCAAUUGGUGUGUCCAAAUUGCUAAGGGGAUGAUGUAUCUGGAGGAGCGUAGGCUGGUGCACAGGGAUCUGGCAGCCAGAAAUGUCCUGGUCAAGUCUCCCAACCACAUCAAGAUCACCGACUUUGGUCUCGCUCGUCUGCUGGAUGUUAAUGAGAAGGAAUAUAAUGCUGAUGGAGGAAAGAUGCCCAUCAAGUGGAUGGCUCUGGAGUGUAUCCAUUACAGGAAGUUUACUCAUCAGAGUGACGUUUGGAGCUAUGGGGUAACCAUCUGGGAGGUGAUGACCUUUGGAGGGAAGCCGUACGAUGGCAUUUCCACCAGAGAUAUCCCAGACCUGCUUGAGAAAGGAGAGCGUCUUCCUCAGCCGCCCAUCUGCACCAUUGACGUCUACAUGGUUAUGGUCAAAUGCUGGAUGAUAGAUGCAGACAGUCGGCCCAAGUUCAAAGAGCUGGCAGCAGAGUUCACUCGGAUGGCGCGUGAUCCCCAGAGAUACCUUGUCAUCCAGGGUGACGACCGCAUGAAGCUGCCCAGCCCCAACGACAGCAAGUUCUUCCAGAGCCUCCUGGAUGAGGAGGAGCUGGAGGACCUGAUGGAUGCUGAAGAGUACCUGGUGCCCCACUCCUUCAACAUUCCACCACUGGCAUAUACUCCUCGCACGCACAUGGACUCCAACAAGAACCAGUAUGGCUACCAGGACCCCAGUUUUAGCAUGGAGGACAUGCUGGCCACUCUUCCCAAAGUGGUGUCUGUUCCACCUGUGUCUGGAGGCUGCCUCCCACCACAGGACCUGUCCUCAGGGAGCCAGAUUGCUGGUGGAUUUGGCCGUGGCAACCAGGAUGACCCUCGGUGCAAUGGAACCCUGAGGAAGCAGGCCUCCCCAAGGUCAAGUACCCUCGGGCCUGGCUCGGCUCUCGCUGCAGGACAAGGUGGAGGGGAGGACAGUAGUGGACAGCGUUACAGUGCUGACCCCACUGGUCUCUUAGCGGAACGAGGCGCAAAAGGAGACAAGGACCAGGAUGGCUACAUGACUGCCAUGAGAGACAAGAACAGCUCAGACUAUCUCAAUCCAGUAGAGGAAAACCCAUUCGCUGCACGUCGUAGGAAUGGUGACGCCCACGCAGUGAUUGAUGGAGCAAGUUGCCACACCCUGCACAUGGCUGGAGCUGCUGCUGCGCCCAAGGGCCAGUCCACCCACGGGGACGAUGAGUAUAUCAACGAGCCACUGUACCUGAAUACCUUCCUCAACCCUGGGGAUAAGAACGGAUUGGCCGGCGCAGUCUCCAUCUCUGGCAUCUCUGGCCCGGGGUCUUCUGCUGCCCAAUCAGUAUCGCAGACAGUCAACCCAUCAACAUCGAGCCACACGGUCUCAUCCUCUGGAUAUGUGGUACCCCCUGGCCACCUCCCCCACCCAUCUUAUCCAUCACACACCCUGCAUCCGGGGCAUUCAGGACACGCUCUGCACUCAGGCAUCACCAGCAGCACCAUCAUGUUUGAUAAGAAAGGCAAGAAGGCCACUUUUGACAAUCCUGAAUACUGGCAGCACAGUCUACCCCCGAAGUCCUCACUGCACAACCCUGAGUACCUGCAGGACUGCAGCACACGCUUCUUCUACCGGCAGAAUGGACGCAUUCGCCCUGCUGUCGCUGAAAACCAGGAGUACUUGUCCGAGGCUGCUAUGAAAGCUGGCAAUGUGUUGCCACCCCCUCCAUACAGACAGAGGAACACUGUAGUGUAGUGACCCACCUGUAGCACAAUGGAGGGAUGAAUAGAGGGAUAGCGGUGGAGAUAGAUGGACGUUGAACUGUCCUCUUGUUUCCAUGCAGUACUUCUCAACCUGGGUUCUCCUUGCACCCUUCCUGAACACGUCUCUCUGUUAUGUCUGAUUGCAAGUCUUUUAGUCUAAGGUUCUGUCUUUUCUCGACAGGACUACAAUAACAGUCACUGACAGCCUCACUUGACAUUCAAACCAUCUUUUUUGCUCCACCCUCGGCCAUGAAAGGAAGUAGACACAUCUCUUCAAGGUUGGUUCUAUUCUGGAGCACACUGUCCUGCCAUCUUAAUUAUCACAGAGGCACAAAAACAACACAUUGAAAGAAAUGAGAUGUUUAAUCAGAGAAAAAGGAGAAAUAAACUGAGGUUAGUCCAAAGAGAGGAUUAUCGCCAUGACCUUACAUGUUUUUCUUUACACACGCAUUAAUUACCAUGUCUUUUUAGCACAUUUUCCACUCAGAUAGAUGCACACAUCGCAGUAUGCACACAGUGCUAUUGCUGUUGUGCGAUCUAUCAAAUGACACAUGCACAUGGAGUUGUGUCGUGACUCACCAGCAAACCUGCAGUCAUGCCGAAGAGCCCAGAUGUGGCUUGCAUGCCUGUCCACACGCUUCUUUGACUUUUACAUGUUGGUGCACCAGUAAUGGAAUUCAAACAUUUAUCACACGCAGCUCAUAUCAUACCUAAAACAUGUUAACAUGCCUGCAGCCGUGACACACCAAUAAUAUCUAUACAUUAAUUCACAAGUAAAUUCAUGCACACUGACAGAUAAGCUUGCCACCACUUGAAAUAUAUUCUGGAGGAGAAGCUCAAUUGACCUUGUGCUGGAAGACAGAGUGUUCCGAUAAUGGCAGUCAGUGUUGCAGUGCAGACAAAGGGUCACCGGGAAAGUAAAUGUCACCGCAGUUUUAUGGAAAGCUGUGAUAUCACCCAGCACCUGGUGGAAAGCAUUCGACAGAUUAUCGGCAUGGCUAGGGUGGGAUUUAAAAGGUUGAUCGCUCAGAAGACGACCCUUAACUCCCCACGUCCCUCUUGUUCCACCUUCAUCCACAACAAUCCAGUCCGGAGAGCCAGGAAAUCAUUCAUUCCAAUACUACCUUCAUAGGAUCAUGGUAAGCAGCGAUGUGACUGACAUAACAAUGGUAACUGCAGUUCAAGGAGUAAUGUUUCAAUGGAACUGGUGCUUGAGAAUGGACAGAUGUUUUAACAGGUAAAGACGCGUGAUGAUGGCGCAUAUAAAUUGAACAUGUGGGGAAAAUAUACGAUUUGAAUUUGGAUCAGAGCAUAAUUUUUGUUUUUUGUUGAGGUAUUUUUUUUGUCUUUUUAAGCAUCAGGGAUUUAUUUACUUUGUCACUUUGUCUUACACCUACGUAAACAGCACAGACACCGAGCCACGAAAGAGCACUGUGGUUUUGGCAAAGAGGCUAACCCUGCAGAGCUGUAAAUAAGCCAAUUAUGUGUCAUUACCAGACAGAUACAAUCCUGGAAAAGGGCUCUGUGGACCGAGCUGUGUCUGGAAGUGCAUCAAAAGACGGGGAUAAAAGUUUUUUUUGUUGUUGUUUUUUUCUUUUGCAGCUCUCUGUGUUCAUACUAUUGUAUGUCAUUAAAACAGAAAAUUUAGUUUGACCAGGUAGUCACGACUACAGGGCCUCACUGUCUCUUAAGGUGGAACAGUAGGAGAGACUGUCAGAACUGUCUAAGGAGGCCUCCUCCACAUUUUUACCAUGGAGCACUAUGAGAAAACAGGACACUUUCUUUUCUAUCGGUAUUUGACAUUACUGGUGAGACAUUAUAGGUUAUCACUGAAUCCACUGAUGGCUAGCUUUCUGUACUCAUACAAUACUGCCAGAUGCCACAGUAAACUCUGAUGGAGACCACGAGCAUCUGUCGUCAAAUGACUUUGAAGCCUAAUUUAGGCUGGGGUUGAUAAUUUAAUAGCACUUAAUGCUCUGACACAGCCAAAUGACUUUGCUGUUAUACUCGCUCUAAGCGGCAAUUUUUUUUUUUUUUUUAUCAUAUUGCAACUGUAAUUUACAGUGAGAUACUGAGGACUCAUGUUAUCUGUUUCAUCAUGCAUUUUACUAACAAGGAAGCAUCCCCACUCUAAUAUAAUAGUUAUAGGUGGGGUUGGGCAAUAUAAAACGGUGUACAACGUCAGGGGAUAAAAAUUUGUGUCCAUAAUCAUUUAUAUCAUUACCUCUUACUUUAUAAUUUGAUAACAUGACUUUUGCAUCAACGUGAUGAAACACUUUGAUACUUGACAGGUAUUUAAUUGACUGGAUUAAAGGGGUACUCCAGCUAAUUAGCAUUGCACCCACAUGCAGUUGGACUCACAAGAGACAAAUAAGAAAAAGGAAUGGUCACAACUGAACGUGCAAAGGCCAAGAUAUCCUGAGUCUGACAGGCAAAUUCACAAAAGGACUGCGUGGCUUUUGCGGCCGUUAAAUCUGCACAAAUAAGACAAAAAACAGUGUAGUUCUCAGAGCACCCACAAAGAGUGAAAUGCACCCCUAACUGCACUGCCAAGCAAAUUGCAUCUUGCUGCUCCUGUGCUAUUUGCAUGUGAAUAAAUUAGUCAGUAUGCAUAUGUUUGGCACAAAUUGGUACCUUUCUAUGCAAAUGAGCCUCAUUGCAAAAACAGUCCAGUUUACAGAGAUCAAUGCUAAUAGCCACACAUCGUUACAGUAAAAUAAUUAGCAUGUUGAGAGAUGCUGGGGUGACUGAAGCGCACUGACAGAUUGGGGCAUUAAAUCCCAAAUAAGGUUUCUCUCUGUCAUGUUUAAAUUUCAUGUCUGAAGUUUUGAGGAAUGCAUCUGCAUUUCAUCAGUCAGGACCUAUAGCUGGUGAUUUUCUUUUACUCUUUGCUCUACCUUUGACACAUGGAUGAUUGCAAUCAAUUGCAAAAGGGCAAAUUUCACCCAGCUGCAAAUUUUUAUGGGCAUGUUUGCACUGUAAUUAUCAUUAGCACAACAUCUUCUGUGAAUUAGUUUGGGGUCUUCAGGGUUUUCUAGACCAAUGACCCCUUAGCGAAAAGAGUAGGGACCCCCUUUAACAUAUAAAUUGAGUCGCACUUGAGAUAAUUCUCUGAAUAUUUUCGGGUCCUCUUGAUUGCGUUAGCCUGUAGCUGCUAAUUCAGCGGCAGCUGUAGCAUGGCUAGGUGCAUUAGUCUCACCCUCUACGCUUUUGCCGGUGGUUUCUGAAGUAAAGUUACAAUACGAUCCAAUGUGGCUCACAAGACUGUCCGUACACUUGGACUCAGGGUUUAGUAUUGACUAAACUCAAGGUCCUACAAUUCCCAUAAUGCAACUAAAUCAAACACAGUGCAUCACAGUUCAUAUGACUUUCUACCUCCUAAACCCCAUACCACUCGUUUGUAACGCAGGCUUUCUGUUAAAAAGUUUCAAGCCCAAGCAGACCCUGAUGGCACCAUGGGUGACAUCACCAGGUUUAUUUUCUUAGACUUUGGACAGCUUCAGAGCUACGGUAAACAUCAAAGAGCUGUUUAUAUUCACAGGCUGAGUAGUAAAACUCACGAUGGGUCAACUGAACUUCAUGUGUAAAAUUAGUGGAGUGCCCCUUUAACCAAAAACAAAUUUACAUCUACAAACAGUGUCUCGAUUGAAUUUGCAGUAAAUGUGCAGUAUCAUGAUAUAUAGUGAUACUUGUAAUAAUAAUGGUAAUCUAUACAUAACCUGAUUUGAUAUUUUAUCUAUAUUGCUCACCCUGAGCGAUAAUAUCAUGAAUUCGGAGACCGACUAAUGCCUGUGCAUGUCUCACCACUGACAUACCAAUACACAACCACUGUUACACAACCUUGUGCCUCUACAUUGAAAAUACCAGGCAGAGGGAAGGUUCAGACAAGCAGUGUUGAUGAUUUACUCUCCAAAACACAGAUGCCGCCCUGGCACAGUGUUUUCUCCCCCUCUCAGGUUUUAUGGGGAACAAUAAUCAUCCAGUUGAGCUCCAGCUGAGGCACAAGGUGCCACAUCAUAAAGGGACGUCAAACCUGUUGAAAUAAAAGUAUAAUGGAAGACAGAUUAGUGCCAUGAAAACACAGUAGACGCACUGCUGAAAAUGUGCAACUCAACAGAAAUGUGAAUUUUACAGGAUUUUUAAGUCGGCACUGUGUUUGCUAUCAUUGACAUUGCUCUGUUGCUAAUCUAAUUUAGCUGUGUUAGAUCUCUUGUCACGUUUUCUGAAAUCUUCAUUGUCCUGCUGAUUUCUGCAGAGUCUAAGCUUACAGUUAUGUACACUUUCUUUGUGUAAAAGUGUGGAAGUGUCCUCUCUAUGUUUUUAGAGUUCAAAGUCAGUUACGUAAGUCUAUUUUUACCGUCACCCAUAAGGCAUUAGUUGUAGUGCUUGUAGACUACUGUAUGGCCGUGUGUUUAAGUGCAAUGACAGCAGUGGAGAGUCGCCCAAAGGCUUCGUAAUGGAUCUCUAUGGAAAAAUAAAGCCAAUCUUCUGGAGGAGAAAACCUGCUGGCACUCUCAGCCAGCGAGCAUCGCAAGGGGCUUUUAGCUUUUUGAAUGCUAAUUCAUCCACUUUCCCUUGUUGUUCUGUGGGGAAAUCAUGUUACCCAACAUCUCGCCCAGUGCACCAGCUGAGAAACCCUGAACGACAGGCAAUAGGUUGUAAUCCUGCAGCGGGGUUAAAACCAAGGUAUUAGCAUUCCAGAAAUGUUACCCGACCACUGCAUCAAUGUUACAAAAGCUAGCAGGGGAGAAGGUGCAAGUGCACUGUAACUGGCAGAGGAGACCAGAGUAGAUUGCCAUUCUUUCUUUCUCCUCAGAGGUGACUGUAGAAUUGUAUGUAGCAAACACUGUUCUGCAGCCGGAGCAGCAAAAACCGAAAAGCAGCUAUGUGCGGAGUGAAUACAAACAAAGACUAAAACAAUCUGGAAGGGAACAGUGAUUGUGGUCAAAUGUUAACAUGAGUCAUAGUUUCAUGUGAAAAGUUAUUAUGUUCUGUGUCAAGGUGAGCCUCAUAGGUACAGUAGUUAUUUAAAGGAGUCACACAAUAACUCCCUCUCAAUACUGACUGCUCUACCAGUAAACCGGCCUUAUAGUAACAAGUAUAUUUAUUUUGUGCAUCUACUUGGGGUUUAAUGUGUUUUAAACACAUUAUCAUGAGUAUUGUAAAUUGUGUUUUUUACUCUUGAUUUUGUUCUUCAGGGUGUCAUUGUGGCAUUUUUUUAAAAUAUAUGCAGUUUGCAUCUUAUGUCCAUCAUGUUCUCAACUCAACAUUGAAGCAAAUACUAGCUAUGUCCCAACUCAGGGGCUGUAUGUUUGCCCUUAAGAGGAGGUGAAGUCCAGGCUGAACCUGCAUAUUGUUGCCAAAAAGGAGUAGAUUAAAGCAGCUGUGCGAAACUUUUUACCAUUAAUAAAACUGUCUCUAGUUCGUAUCACCCCCCCUUGAAGAUCCGCACAUUUAUUUGAACCCAACAGCGACAAAAAAAAGCCUUUCUCUAUAUGGCUAUUUAGCAUAGCCUCACUCGGGUCAGACACACAGCAGAAGUCAGCAAACCACAAUACGGCACCCGAGGCGGAAAUGAUUCUGCUCGCCCGCAGCAGCCCGCAGCGAUUAAACCACAGAAGAAGAAGCCGUGUUUACAGUGUUCUUCGAGUAAGCAGUACGCAGUGGGCAUUGCUGAACACAUAACACCUAACAGUUUUACCAGAGACGUAUCUAUGAGGACUUGGUUGUACUUUUGAUGUCAUGGCGGAUAACGAAGGAGCAUCAUCUAAAAUUGUCUGUGACUGUGACCAUGAACACAAAUAUACAGCAGGCAGUUGUCCUCAGUUUAUAAGAAAUUCAGAACUACACCAGAACAUUUAUGAACAGGUCUUACUUUACUACCAAUUUGUGUGUAACGUUAGCAUGUUAGCAUGUUUCCACUAAUUACUUGGACUGACCUAAUGUUAGUAGCGUUAGCUUUGCAAGCGAAGGCCGCAGGUAACAGCUUUGCUGUGUUAGAAUUAUGUUAUGUCUUCACUGUGUAUCUUCACAUAAACGAAUACUCCGACGAUUUGGGACUUAUGCCCUUUCUCUAUCAUUUUCAUAUUGAGACAACAUGAUCGAUAUCUUUUUUGUGUCUGUACGUCCAGUGGCUGGGUCUCAGCGUUUAGCAUGGCGCUUAUAGGGGGUCAGUACGUCCUGCGCUGUGAUCCGCGGAGGGAUACACCAGUGAGCAGGCACAGACGUAUCUUGUAAACAAAACUCAGCUGUUUAUUUAGCCUAGCAAUAUCUCCGGAUUUUAGUAGCUGCAAUGGACGACUUUGAACGCGAUUUUGAAGAGUUUCUUGUAGCGGACACAGACCCAGAGCCAUACCUGUUUGAGUCGGAGUACACAGAUGAGGAAUUCCCAUGUGUUGGAUGCUGAGCAGGCGAGAAGAGAGGCUGAAUCCUCCGCUCCCUCGGUGCUACCAUCGUUGGGGAGAUAUAUCAUCAGGAGGAAAACCGCCGCAGAGAGUGCAUCACAAGGAGUGAAUCACUAAUCCUGGCGUGAUUGAAACUUUUUUUCAUGUUCCUAAGAUGAACUGGAAAAAACACCCCAGGCCUGCAGGAGCUGAUGGACAGCUUUCAGUUGGGUGAGUAAUAUCGUCCGUGUCGUUUCUUUGUUUGCUUUUACCGAGUGACCUAGCGUACCUGUCCCAGAGCCAGCUGCAGCUGUUGCUCACCGGUGUAUCCCUCCGCGCAAGAUGUACUGACUCUCUACAAGUGCCAUGCUAACCGCUGUCUCAAUAUGAAAAAGACAGAGAAAGGGCAAAUCGUCGGAGUAUUCUUUUCACAUAAUAAUGCGGACUCAGCAGAUUACUUGUUAACUGUUUAUUCCUCCUUACACCGAACGUACACGGCUGCUUCUCAUUGUUUCCAGUAGCACAACAACGGUUACUACAUUACCCAGAAUAACUUGAGGCUCACACUACUACAGUAGCCUUAGUAGCUCAAAAUACACAACAGCUUAGAUUAGAUCAGAACAGAAACACAACAGGAGAAUUUACUGAGUAAUUUUGCUGUUUCCACUAAUUACUUGGACUGACCUGACGUUAGUUAAUCCUCUCGCUCUCCAAAACAAAUGCAUGCGGUAAUUGCCGGCUGCAGUCGGAAUUUUACGACACCAGGCUGUGGGUGUCAUACCGCUUCAAUCAAAGGGGUGCUAUAAUCAACGAAAACGAAAAGUUCCGCACAGCUGCUUUAACAAAGACCAAAACUAAUGUUGUGUUCAGGUGCUCCUCAUCAACUUAUGUAGCUUUCCCAAGUUUCUCACCAAGCAGUUGCCCUUAGAGGUCAGAGGUACGGUGGCUAACAAGGGCAAACGCACUAUAAUGGGCCAAAACAUAAACAUGCUGCGGCUGAAGAAACAAUGCCAAUUCAUAAACACAUACAAAAAUUCAAAACAAUACAACAACAGAAAUGUGAAAGCAAAUUAAACAAACGUGAAGCAGGAAAGACAGUAACAGCAAACAUGCUGCAAAUGCAGAAAGAAUACAAAGUCAGAAGCGCACAAAGCCCGAACACAGAUACAACAGAAAAACACUUUCAGGCCUCUAGGUGGAGCUCUAAGUGGGACAGCUUGAUUUUUUGUUUUGAUUUUGACAACAAUGUGUUUGUUUUUCAAAGCAGGAAGAUAAGUAGAGUAAGGAGAAGACAUAACAAGAUUCAUAUUCGUUUUUACAUUUACGAAAGAGCUCUCCCUAGUGGCCUUGGAAAUUUCAGUUGCGUUGACUGGAUAUGCAAACACAUUCUCACUCUGACCUCGUCACAUAUAGACGUUUGGUCAUGGACCUUGCACGUCCAGAUACUAUAUGAAAGGUACCCUGGGUUCGCUGGUUGUUGAUUUUCAAGGACGCCGUGUCAAGUUCUGCCUUUUAAAUGCAUUGUCUUCUUAUAAAAUACACUUCCAUUUUCACUGGAAAUUUACAGUUUACAUACAGUCUUUUUCAAAAUAAACGCAAAUUGACUUUUUUUUUCCCCUCCAACAGCUAAUGCACAUGAUUGGGUUUUGGCAACAAAAGCAUGUGGUUAGAUUUAGGGAAAAAACAAACAGGGUUUAGAUUUUGAAUCUUACAGGACACGAACACCGCUCUCCCGGGUGAAAGUGAAGGUGUGUUGGAUCCAAACCACUCGCACCGACCCUACUCAGAGUUUCGCCGCCCUAACUUUUGUCCAAGCCCUGCUGCGUUUCUCUGACACUACCAAGCGGCAUUAAACUAUAACGGCAACCAGCCACGUAUCAUGCCGACGUUAAGGGACGGCUUUUUUUGUCAAUGUCUGACGCCCAAGCACCAGAUUUUGACAAUCUUGGAGGGAGACCAGGUUGGAUAUGCAGCAGUUUUUGUGUUUUUUACUCUGCAUAGUUUCUGUAUUUGAAGUGUCUUUGCUACUGAUGUAUUUAUUUUUGGAUUUUUGCAGCACAUUUCCAGUGUCAUAUUGUUUUGGGGUUUGUCUUUGCAUGUGUUUUUGAAUUUGCAUUGUUUCUGAAGCAUUCUUGGAACCCAUCGGCUGUAUUCGGCGUCUGACUUCCAGCAGAUGGCGAUACAGCCUCUGGGGGCAGACCUCCAAUUUUUUGGCAUUCCGGUUUGAUUUGGGCAGAGGAGGCGAAUUUCCGUUUCUGACUUCCGUUUAUAUAUAAGAAAAUAUGCUGAACCAUUGCAAUGGAUUCAGAGUUUGCAGUGACGCCAGUUAUGUUCCGCCUCGUUAGUUCACCACAUGGACCGUUUAACCUGGCAACAGCUGCAGCCGGCUCAAACGUGAUUGGUCAAUAUCACGCGGACUACAAACAGCCUACAACCGGAAACCAGGGCUUUUCCACUCUUCUUCCAGAGGCAAGAUCUCCAGGGUUUGCCUACAGACUUUACGUUCACUGAAUGUAGAGUCUGUAUAUAGAGACUGUUUCUGAAGCUACAGCACAUUUCACAUAAUGAAAAUGUUUUGGGCCACUUUAGUGUGUUUGCCCUUGUCAGCCACCAUACCUUUGACAUCUAAAUACCAACGGUUAUCUGGGACAGGUUUCAAGAUACCAGACUUAACAGUAUGAUUUUGGUAUUUUACCUCAACACAAGAGUGGCAAGUUAGGCCAGGUUAGGGGUGCAACUAUUCUUGUAUCUUCCACUUCUAAUUUUGUGUGAUUAACAUCCAGGCUGUAAACAAGGACAAACAGAGGAGUUCAUACAUAGCUUCCAUUAUUAUAGAUGCAAGCUUGCUUGCACUGGCUUUUUUCAUUGGUUUAGUUGAUGUGAUAUGAUUAAUAUCUGGUAAAUAUGUAUUUUACAAGCUUUACAAGUUGGCGAGGAUUGCCUGAUCACUCACUUACUCACAGUUAAAAACUGGCUGGUGCACAAUUGUUUGUGGUAUAGUGAGGGCUGCAAAUGAUAACCCAUUCGUGUCCACCAAAACACAGACAGGCUUCAUUUUUUUAGUCACAUUUUGUGGGACCUUUGAAAUGGGACAGCCCUUGUUGGACCUUGUUCGGCCCAGAAAUGUGGACUAAGGAGGGUCCAGCCCCCCAACUGGGACACAGCAACUGUAUUUAUAGAGUUUGCUCUAUUUCACUUUUGUAUGUUUUGAUUAUUCAUAUCAUGAGGACAUUUUCUCACAGCAUUAGUAAUAUCAAUCCACCUGUGGUCUAAGUGGUCUUACUGUAUUGGACAAACACACAUUACAUUUCAGAGAACUUAACUUUUAAUUACUAAUGCAUCAUCCGAAAAAUUAAUAAACAUUUUUUAAAGGGAAACCAUAAAGCAGCUGACAAACACAUGUUCUACCAUUGUAAUAGAAUCAAACUGUGUAUGGCUGUCAUACAAUGAUUUUACACUGAUUCAUAUUCGUAUAUUCUACCAUGCCAUGAAAAGUGAGGUAGAUGACAGUGGUUGAGUAAGCACAGUUUACAAUGUAUUGAACUGAGGGUAAAAAAAAUGGAAUUAAUUAUUGUCUUUUAACCAAAUGACAAAGACAUUCAGAUAAUGGGUCACUCGACAGUUUUACCAUUGUUAAAAAAAAUAAUUAAAAAAAGAAUAAAAAGAGGAUAGUAUUUUUAUAGGUAGGUAAAAGGUGGCCAGGUGCAUCUGUAAAUAGGACAAUGAUGCUUCUUUUUCCAGCUGAAGACAUUUUUGGUUUGUUUGAUUUUAUUUCUCCUUGCAUCAUUGCAUUUCUAGUGGUAUGCUGUACCUUUUUUUCUUUGGGGAAUAUCUUUUCUGUAUGUAUAUAAAUAUAUAUACAGUAUAUAUAUAUAUUCUGUAAAUGUAAUUUGAAGAGUGAACUCUGAUUUUAAAAACGCUUGCAGGGUCUCUUGUCACCCCCGCCCCAUCAUUUCCCCUGUGAUUGUGUGAUUGUGUUCUCAGCACAACUUGGUGGACUUUGUGUUUCGACCUCUGCUCUUGCUCACUUUGUAGGAGUGAAUUUUUUCUUUCUUUUGUUUUUUUACUGGGUGUAUUAUACCUCCACUACCCUCCAUCCUUCUCUCAGUAUUAUCCACCUCUUGAGAUUUUUUUUAAGAUUUUGUACACUCUUAAAAUGCUGUUGCAAUACUAAUGAAUAUUCAAUAUUUCAUCCCCUUUUCUCGCCGUCUUUUCCUAACCAAUGUUAUUAAUCCGCCAUUGUCACUUUACACCCUGUGUUUUAAGGACCUAUACUAUAUUUCCUUGAAUAGUUUGAUUUCCAUUUGCACUGAGCUCAGUCAUUGUUUACUUUAAAUGAUAAUUAGCUCUUCAUCCAUUUGGGGCAAUACUGAUUGAAUGGUGUAGCAAUAUCAUGUUACAGCCCCCAGAGUGAUUUAAUGGUGUUUGAGAGACAUGAUGGAGGACAGUUUGCAUGGGCUGGACUGAUCGUUUAAAUUACUGAUAUUUGCUUGUGAGGUUAACAUUUUUGGCUUCAUUAGGACUUGAAAUGUCCGUUUUUUUCCAGAAGUCACAGUUUAACAGGAAGUUAAUAUUUCCAUUUCACGGGAUCUAAACAGGACUUUCAGAGAGUUUGGCCCAUUUGUCACCGUAACUAAUAUCUGAUGUUCUGACUGGCACCAAAAUCAUUAACUAUUUUCUUUGUGGCUCAUGAUCAAGCAGUGCAUCACAAUCCUGAUGUCAAGUGUUGCUGAUGCUCGAAAUCUGAAGCUGAAUGGUUUGUUUAAUUUACAGUCUAAACCUAUCAGGGAGAACAGGACUGUAGGAAAAUGUCAUGGAUGCACAAUUUGACAGUUUGAAUAUACUGUCCUUCGUAAUUGAUACUUUAAUUAUAGAAGACUCAUUGACAAUGUGUCUUGUUUAUGUAGGAACUAAAGGUUUUGUGCUGUUUUCUGUAACGAUGUAGACUUUACUGAAGAACAAUACAGCAAUUAUGUUUUCAAAAAGGUGCAGUUAGAACCAGUUUCAACUCUGGAUUACUUACAUUUGCCUGCUGAACACUUACCAUCAGAAAGUGUAUGGGCAUUUCCACAGAUGAUUUUGGUUGCAAUCUUGUCAUUUACAACAUCCAGCAUUUACAUAUACAUUUGGUGAAGUGGUCUGUUUGGCAAGCUUCUCAAAAGUCCAUGUGUUUGUUUAAAAGUACAUCAGACUUUGAAAGAAAGAAUAUUCUAUCCUAAAAACGAUCAUAAAUUUCAUUGCUUUGUAUCAACUCAUCUGAAUGAUUGAGAACUAAGUUUUAUAGACCAUCUCUUGUCACAUAUUACCAGUUUUAAACGUUUCUCUUCACUGGUUAAUUGACACAUUUCCCAAGCUAGGACAUUUAAAUACGUAUUCCCUCUGUUUUGUUACAUGAAUCUGUCAAAACUAUAUUUUUAAUUCAAUAUGAAUAAAGA